AUGUCUGGCAUUCCAGAGCAGCUAUACCACACCACGUUGACAGUCGUCGAUUACCACACCGACACAUCUGGCAGCACCCGGACUGUCUACGUACUGGGCACGCACACCACGCUCGAGGCGGCCAAGGCCUUUGCGAAAAAGGCCCUCUCCGACCUGGGCUACGAGCCGUCCGACUUCAAGGAGUACGCCGUACGGGCUGCAUCGCCCGACUCGUGGACGCACGGUGACGGCGUCGUCGCCUUUGCCAAAGCCUUUGCCGGCCAGGAGUUCCUCGUCGGCAUCGACACCACGCCCAACGACCAGGAGUUUGCCGCUGGGCCAAACGGCACCGUCCGUCUGUCGGCCUACCCCGAGGAUGCCGGCGUCCAUCCGGACCAUCACUUGCACUAUGUGCUGCAGACAAAGGUCGACUACGAUCAGGACCGGUCGGGCGCCCACCAGUCCACCGACAUCGAGGGCUGCUUCGAGCACCGCGCCGACGCCAUCGAUGCCGCCAAGGCCAGCCUGUUGAAUACCGGCAACGAGUUCGCCCAGUACGACGAGCGCGACAACCCGGCCUUUGCCGGAGAGUGGCCGUUUGGCGAAGACGUCGUCAUCCAUGCAGUAUCGCAGACCGGCGAAAACUACACUGUGGCCAUCCGGACCAUUCCUGGCGCUCACGAGAAGCACGGCAAGAAGACCCAGAGAAAAUGA